AUGUACCCCUCAUCGCGCCCCUUCAGCAAAGCCUAUGUAUGGACUGUGAACCGGGUCCGGAGGUUUAUCGAGGACACCGCUCCAAAACGCCCGGAGUGGACCAAGUCUCUCUCCGUCGACCCACGCCAGCUGCUGUACGAAAUCGCUCGGACCGCGUAUGACGCAUGUAACCUACCUGCCCAUACCCAAGACGCUGUACACUACGAAGAUACCGAUCUCGUGCGGGUGGUGUGUGUCUCCGACACUCACUGCCAACAGGAGACCCACCCCUUCCUCCCCUCUGGCGAUAUCCUCAUACACGCCGGCGAUCUCACGACUACCGGCACCGACGAGCAGCUGCACAGCGCGCUCUCGUGGUUGCAUUCAAUGCCCCACCAGCACAAAAUCUUCAUCGCCGGCAACCACGAUCUGGGGCUCUCCAUCCCACAUAAACGCAACGAGAUCCUGGCCCAUUACCCGAACCUCAUCUACCUCGAGAACUCCUCGUGCAUCCUCCCCGUGCGCGACCGUCUCGUGUCCGUCUUCGGCAGCCCCCUUACACGCAACUGCGGGCCCGGCAGUGUGUUCCAGUACUACUCGUGGGAGGCCGAGGAGAUCUGGCGGGAUGCGAUUCCGCCGUUCACCGACAUCCUGGUCACGCACGGCCCGCCCGCAUAUUUCCGCACCGGCUGGACGCGGUUUCGGCGGGAGGGAGGAUGCGAGGGACUCCUCAAAGCACUGUGGACUGCGCGGCCGACUUUGCACGUCUUCGGACAUGUCCACCACGGACGCGGGGUCAGCACGCUGCGAUACGGGACGGUGCAGAAGGCGUACGAGAGCGUUUUUACCGGGGUGCGGGGGUUAGACGCGCUCGUCCUGCUCAUCUGGGCGAGCCUGGCGGCGACGGUGAGGAAGGAGGCGGAUGUCCAGCCAGGAAUGCACACGCGGGUGGUGAAUGCGGCGUGGUUUGAGAGGUCCCGCGGCGGCAUCGUGAUAGACAUGCAUAUACCUCGGAGGCUGUAA